GCACUGUUCAUGUUUUCUCACUCUGUCGUGCUUGUCGAUCUCACACUGUCACUUGCUCUCUGGUCUCUACUACGUUCUUCACAGUAACGGUCACUUUUCCUCUGCAUCCCCGUUUACCAAACCAAACGGCUAUAAUAAUAUCCCCCUCCUCUCGAUUUCUCUGUCUCUCCGAAACCCCAAAAGCAAACGCCAAUUUCGUUGAGGUUCACCACUUUUAAUUUACUUUAAUUACCCCACUGCUGCUGCUGCUCUCUCUCCCCCAAAAUGCACAAAAGCAUCGGUUUAUCUUUGAUCCUUUCACUGACCCUCUUCUGCCACUUGAUCCCGCCGUCCAAGGCCAAGGAAGGCGUCGUCACGAUGGAGCUCUGGUGCGUGGCCAAGAACAACGCGGAGGACGCCCCCCUGCUGACGGCGCUGAACUGGGCCUGCGGGCCUGGUGGAGUCGACUGCCGCCCAAUCCAGCAAGGUGGACCCUGCUACGACCCCGCCGACAUCCAGAACACUGCCUCCUACGCUUUCAACGACUACUUUCUGAAACACGGCAUGACCGCCGAUAGUUGCAGCUUUGAUAACACUGCGGCGCUUACUUCUCUGAAUCCCAGUCAUGAUAAGUGCAAAUUGCCAUCCAGCUUAUCAGCUAGCAAUGCAAGCAUCUCCAGUGCAUCAACAGCAAUUGGAAAUGGAAUGGGACGUAGUGAAGAUUUGAACGGCAGCAAUAAGAUUUCUGAGCACUGGAUUUGGCCCGUCCUUACCAGUUUUCUGGUCAUUGCAUAUAAUACAUGGGCAAUGGGUUAGCGAGCAAGCGAACAAGCAAGCGAGCGAGCGAGCGAGCGUUCUCCCCGGAAUAUUUUUGUUACAUGAUCUAGCCUAGGACGAGGAGUUCAAUUAAGAUCUCACAGAUUCACUUCUCGAUUAAGUUGGUAGGGAUAGAUUGCUGUCGAUUUUGUUAUCUGUACGAGGCUCAAGCUUUGUAAUUUGGAUUUUCAAAAUCAAGCAUAUCAAUGUUUAUCUCUGUGUGUUGCAACCAA